ACAAGAAUCGCUGUAAAGCGAAGAGCUAGCCGCAUAAAAGAACCCACGAACCUCGAUUGGUACACAGUGAAGUCAAGAGAAACGUUGGAAACUGACAAGCACAGAGGAGUACCACCAAAGAAGCAAGAUGAUCGUGAACGCAAGAAUCCUGUGUCUCAGCGCCGUCAUGGUCUUCGUGGCGGUGCAAGUUACUGCCGUUCCUUUGGGCGUGGCAUCACCAGGCUUGGCUCUUCCCAAGUGCCCAGAGGCUACCAACUACGGCUUUCUUAUUUUCGCACGGCUAAGGAACCCAUGCAAAUAUUUGUGCCAAGGAUAUCCCAUUCGCUUUGAAGCUGAAGACAACGGAACACCAUGCUCAACCAAAAAGGUAUUCAAUGGCGAAUGCCUGAACGGCAAGUGCAUCGCCGUGCUGCCACCACCCCCACCACCACCCGCCCCUGCGCCCGCACCUGAGCCCGCACCUGCCUCAGAACCUGCACCUGAACCAGCUCCAGCUCCCGCGCCAGAGCCGGCACCUGCUUCUGCACCGGAGUCUGCACCAGAAGAACAAGCACCUGCCGCUGCCCCUGAAGAAGUUGCACCUGCUGCUGCUCCUGAAGAAGCUGCACCAGCUGAAGAAUCUGCCCCUGCACCUGCCGAAGAGCAGCCCGCCGCCGAACCCACUGCACCUGUCGAAGAGGCCGCACAAGAACCUGAGACGGGAGCACCUGAAGAAGCCGCUGAUGAGCCCAACGCCGAGCAACCUGCUCAAGAGGCCGACGCUGAACAGCCUGAUGCCGCACAACCCGCUGCUGAAGAGACUGCCGCCGAAGAGUCUGCUGCUCCGGAACCCGCCGCUGAAGAGGAAGCCGCUGAAGAAGCCGCUGCAGAAGAGCCCGUGGAAGAGGAGCAAGCCGCAGAGGAGGCUAAUGAGGAGCCUGAGCAGGAGACCGAUGCGGAAGUUGUUGAAGAAGCUGCUGCAGAAGCUGCUGAAGAAGCCGCCGAAGAUGCCUCUGAACAAGACGCCCAGCAGCCAGCUGAAGACACACCGGUGGCUGAACAGCCCUCCGAGGCCACUGACGAGGCCGAAGAAGCUCCUGCAGAGCCAUCUGCCGAUGACGCUGCAGUAGAAGGCAGCGAAGCUGACGCCGGCGAGGCUGAAGCGUAAACAACUCAUGUUGUUUAGACCAAUAAAAUUUUAAAAUUGGAUAUCCCA